AUGCAACCUGAAAAAGGGCAGCCCAACUAUGAUCCAUUGUAUAAAGUCAGGCCAGUGAUCAACUUGGUGAAAGACACAUACAUGAACAUUUAUCAACCACAUCAACAGAUUUCAGCCGAUGAGAUUAUGAAAAAAUUUAAAGGGCGACUCAGUUUCAAACAGUAUAUCCCAAACAAACCUAAUAAAUGGGGAAUCAAAAUCUGGUCAUUGUGUGAUUCUGUGAGUGGAUACAAUUUACGAUGGAACAUUUACACUGGAAAGGAUGAAGCAGCCGGGCGGGAGAUGGCGCUGGGGUCAAAAGUUGUUUUGUCCCUCCUUCGGGGUCUGGAUGAUAGUGGUCAUCAGAUUUUCAUGGACAAUUAUUUUUCAUCCCCUGAUCUUUACUCAGUUCUGAAGGACAAAGGCAUUGGAGCAUGUGGGACUGUUAGGGCAAACAGGAAAGGUUUGCCUAAGAAUAUUAGCAAAGCACAGCUACCACUGAAACAAGGGGACAGGCCAGCCUUUUUUUCUUGUAAUCAGCUGACUUGCACCACUUGGCAGGACACAGCGAGGGUUAACUGUUUAUCCAGUAUGCAUGGCAAUGGUGUGGUCAACAAGGAAGUCAGGUCAAAAAAGGAUCCAACUGGGAAACGGAAUGUCAUAAAGCCUGCACUUGUCAAUGACUAUAACCAAUACAUGGGGGGUGUCGAUAAGUUUGAUCAACUGUCCAGCUACUAUUGUUACCCACACAAGUGCCAGAAAUGGUAUCAAGUGGUCUUCAACUUUGCUAGAGAGACUGCCCUUGUGAAUGGUUUCAUUGCAUACAAGUCCACUCACCCAGGGGAGAAUAUUGAUCAGUUGAAAUUUCGACAGAAAGUUGUGGACAGUCUCAUUCCAGAAGCCGUGAGGGAAAGGGCUCAGGCAGUAGCAAAUACUGUAGAGGAGAGAAGGGCCAAAAGACUGCAAGAACGCCACUUCCCUGCUGAAUAUGCAGAUAAGAAGCAUAGACCAGAAUGUGCUGUAUGCAGCCACAGGCCUGGCCAUCGCCAUCAGACAUACCAUUAUUGUGAACAAUGUGAACUUCCAAUGUGUGCAAUUGGAUGUUUCAAAAGGUUCCACACUCUUUUCUCCUACAAAGUAAAGUACAACUAA